AUGGCCAUCUGCGGCACAUGUGGUGCUCCAGCCCUUGGAGCCAACGGUGUCUGUGGUGUUUGCGGCACCCUCUCCCAGGACUACCGACAUGAGGAGGCUGAGGCGGAAGAGUUUGGCCGUAUGCGUACGGUCAAGGUUGGCAAAGCAAAGGCUGCAAAGACAAGGACACCCGACGCCGCACGCGCGCAUCGAACGCUGCACGCCAUGCAAAUGUGCAGUGUCAUCCUCCUCAAGCACCAGGUGCGAGCGGUCGCCAAGUACCUCGAGAUUGACGAAUCCGAGCUCAAGCCAGUUGCCAGAACACUAUGGCAGCGCAUGCUGCACUGCAUGAUGACGAAGCAAAACCCCUUCACGCUGAAAGCGGAACGAAUCAUGCCGCUCGAAAUCACCAGGGGCGUCGAGGUGACCCUCCCCAUCCUCUGCAUCGUCAUCAGACUGCUGAAGCUUCCUCUCGACGCCGGCCUCGUCUGCUUCCUCUGCUCUAACGGCACCAUACCAUACCUGAAUGCGCUGCCGCUGUUCCCAAAGGAGCUUGUGAAGCACGUGUUGCAAAUCAAGAAGAUCCGCAAGACGACCGUAAUGGACGCGUACAUGCUGCACACGACGACGGACAUGUGGGGCCGCUUCCUGCUUGGACGUCGCAUUCCGCGCCCAAACUACGCAGGCAUUGCUUGCAUGAUGAUCCGCAUGCUGCAGCUGCCGCAGCGGCUGUCCGUGGCCGCCACACAUCUCAUCCGCGAGGUUGGCGUCGGACCCUUGAGACCUGUCAAGCACCCGAGCGUUAAACAGACACGCGUCAAGUGGAUGAAAGAAUGGGGCGUGACGCCCUCCGGCAGCGUCGCCACAUUCAUUAUCAUGUUUGUCAAGUUUAUCUACGGCUGCGACAACAACCGCGAGUACAUGGGCACGGUGCGCUGGGAGAACCCGCGCGACAUGUUCCGGACGAACGUCGAGGUGGAGAAGCUGCUGUGUGUGCCGUUCUUUGACGGGAGGUGGCGUGGCAAGCGCCUGAGCGAAGACGCGCACGCAUCGAAGCGCAGGAGACACCUGGAGCGGUCGGGACUGGUGUACCUGUCGAAGUACCACGAGGUUGUCGCUGAUGUGGACGUGUUUCGCGAAGACAAUGUUUCCGGUGCUAGCAGCAGCAGCAGCAGCAAGAAGAAGGGAUCGGCGAACAAGGCGCACAGUGGUGGUGGUGGGGGUGGUGGUGGCAUUGAUGAUUCUGACGAGGAUGCUGAUACGGAUCUUGAAGGCUUUGGUGCCGGCAAUGAAAACGACGAUGACGGUGAUGAUGGUGAUGAUCUUGAUCUCAAUGGUGAUGGAGGCGGUGAGGCUGCCCAGCAAGGGUUAGUUGAAGACGACGCUGUGACGGGAGGUGCAAGUACAGGUGCAGCUCGUGCUGAUGGUGAUGGUGAUGGUAUUGCUGAUGACGAUGACGAUGAUGAUGAUGGUGACGAUCAAGCAGCGGCUAACAGCGACGGGCGUCCAAAGCGACGCCAGAUGGUGGUACUCAAGGCGAGCGACGUUGCGAAGAAAAUCCACGACCCCUCGUUCCCUAAUCCUGGCGGACCGGGUGUCUCGCGCGCUGUUUGGUGA